AUGUCAUCAAGUGGUAGUGGGAGUCAAGAAGGACAAUCUUCUGAUCCAAGAUUUUCAAGAGUUUACAAUGAUCCUAAAUUUAAAAAGACAAGCUCUAAAGACGUCAAGAUCAAACUAGAUAAUAGAUUUAGCAAGAAAGAUCUAGAAAUUAAAAAGAAAAGUAAAGUUGAUAAGUAUGGUAGAAAGAUUAAUUCUGAUUCGAAUAAUAAGGAUCUGAACGAUUUCGAUAAAUAUUUUGAAAAAGAUGAAGAAAGUGAGACAACCAAGGUCACUGAAGAAUCUAAAGAAUCUAAAGAAUUUAUUGUUGAUAGAGCUCGUGGAGAGGUCCCAGACGAUUAUGUUAGUUCUUCGGAUGAUUAUACGUCUUCUGAGUCUGAAUCUUCGGGAGAAAGUGAUUUAGAAAGUGAAGGUGAAUCUGAGAUAGAAAUUGAAACUACAAAACCAGAAGUUGGUGAACCUUCAAAGACUUUAGCUGUCGUCAAUUUAGAUUGGGACCAUGUUAAAGCAGAGGAUUUAUUUGUUACAUUGUCCAGUUUUGUUCCAAAAGGUGGUAAGAUUAGCAAAAUUGCUAUAUACCCAAGUGAGUUUGGAAAAGAAAGAAUGCAAAGGGAAGAAAUUGAGGGUCCUCCAAAGGAAUUAUUUCAAAAAAAGAAGAGUAAGAAACAUAGUAGUAAGGAGGAGGAAGAAAGCGAUGAAGAUAUAGGUAUUAAAGAUCUUUAUGAAGAGGGUGAUGCAGAUAAAGAUUUUGAUAGAAAGGCUCUACGUCAAUAUCAAUUAGAAAGAUUAAGAUAUUAUUAUGCGGUAGUAUACUGUAAUAACAUUGAAACUGCGUCCUCUAUUUAUCAAAAUUGUGAUGGUACUGAAUUCGAGUCUACUGCAAAUAUGUUUGAUCUACGUUUCGUUCCAGAUGGCAUGACAUUCGAUGAUGCUCCAAGAGAUGAAUGUGCAACCACACCGGCAAAUUAUAAACCUCUUCAAUUCAGUACAGAUGCUUUGCAACAUUCUAAUGUUAAAUUGACUUGGGAUGAAACUCCUGCAGACAGAAUUGCAAUCUCAAAAAGAGCAUUUUCACAGAAGGAGAUUGAAGAUAUGGAUUUCAAGGCAUACUUAGCAUCGGAUAGUGAUCAUUCGGAUGAAGAUGUUGAUCAAAAUUCUAGAAAUAAAUUACUGUCUUUAGUAGGGAAGAACUUUAAUGAAAAGGCUGAGGAAAAAGAAGAGGGUGAAGAAGUUGAUAUGGAAAUCACAUUCACCCCAGGCCUAGAAGAAGGUGCAUCUGAAAAGGAAGAAGAAAAAGAAGAAAAUACUAUUGAAAAGGUUAGACGUAAAGAAAAAGAACGUAGAAAGUCUAGGAAAGAAAAGUUGAAACAAAUGAAGAAAGAUAGUUUAGAGGAGAAGAAAGAAAAAUUAAGAUCCUUGAAGGAUAAAAAGAAUAGGGAAUUUGAAGGUAACAGUAAAUCAAGAGCUGAAUUGGAAUUAUUAAUGAUGGAUGAUGAAGAGAAUGCCGAUAAUAAAAUAAAUAAAGACGCUCAUUUUAAUAUGAACGAAAUUUUAAGGUCAGAAAAGGAGAAGGGUAAAAAAUCUAAAUACCAAAAUAAAGCAAAGAUUGUUGAGGAUAAUUUUGAGGCUAACUUGAAUGAUCCUAGAUUUAAAGAAAUGUUUGAAGAUAGAGAUUUUGCGAUUGAUCCUUCUAGGCCAGAAUUCAAAGCUACCAAAACAACCAAAAAAAUGUUGGAAGAACGUAACAAGCGUUCGAAGAACCAUUCUGGAUCUAAUAAGCGUUCCAAAAAACCACAUGGUUAUAACAAGAGAAGAGAUGAUGGUGGCGACAGCUCAUCUUCUAAGAGUAAUAUUCAAAAUAUUGUAAAAAAAUUAAAAAACAAGAAGAACCGUAAUUAA